GCCAUCGUUCUCAUCUUAAAUUCUCUAUUAAUUCCAACACAAUAUAUAAAGCUUCAACAAUGAAGCUCUUUCCAAUGGCGAUUUUCUUGUUUACUGCUCUCUUCGUGACCACCUCCCAUGCAUUGGCGUCGAGGUGGCGCACCGACGACGAGGUCCAAGCUAUGUACGAGUCCUGGCUGGUCAAACAUGGUAAACUUUAUUACAACACGUUGGGAGAGAAGGAGAAGAGGUUUCAGAUCUUCAAACACAACCUCAGGUACAUAGGAGACCACAACUCUGGUGAUCAUUCCUACAAGCUUGCACUCAACAAGUUCUCAGAUCUGACUAAUGAUGAGUACCGGUUACGCUACACCCGCGCCAUUCCUAAACGGAAGUCUAACAAGGUGACGACUAACCGCUACUCUCCUCUUUCUGAUGACGAUGAUAUCCUGCCUGAUUCCGUUGACUGGAGGAGCAAAGGUGCUGUCGCUGACAUAAAAAAUCAACAACAAUGUGGUAGUGAUUAUGCAUUCUCAGCGAUCGGAGCAGUGGAAGGGAUAAACCAGAUCGUGACAGGUGAUCUGAUCACACUAUCAGAACAACAAAUCAUUGAUUGUGAUAAAUCAAACAACCAUGGAUGCGACGGCGGUUCUAUGACUGAUGUCUUUAAGUUCAUCAUCGAGAAUGGCGGUAUAGACACUGACAAAGACUAUCCCUACACGGCUGAGCGUGGAGAAUGCAAGAAACACAAAAACGUUGUUUCCAUUGAUAGUUUUGAAGAUGUUCCUGAGGGCAACGAAUCAGAAUUACAGAAGGCCGUUGCAAACCAGCCUAUAGCUGCUGCUAUGGAAAUGGAUGACAUGGAUCUCCAGUUCUAUGAUAGGGGUAUCUAUGAUGGUCUAUGUGGAUCCUCUGCGAAUGCUGGUCUAGUUGUAGUUGGCUACGGGACCGAAGAUGGUAAUGACUACUGGCUCGUGAGGAACUCAUGGGGUUCAGGUUGGGGUGAGGAAGGCUACAUAAGAUUGAAGCGCAAUGUAGAAGAGACAACCGGUAAAUGUGGAAUAGCCACACUUGCAUCCUACCCGGUCAAAACCAACCCAACAAACCCCAAUAGGGGAAGAGAGAAAAGAACACGACCAUUGAUAUGAUUUGUGUUAUUUUAAUUUGAAACCUAUUCGAUCAUGUUUCCUUUUUAUAUUGCUUUCACCUUAAUAAACCUUCCAUAAAUUAUUCCAAAUAGCAAUGUACUUGAAUGUUUUUACUAAAAUUUAGUUUACAUAUAUAAAUAUAAAUUUAAAUUGUGGCUC